ACCUGCAUUGCCCUCGGGGAGCAAGCCCGGCGGCUAGAGGAGUGGCGCCUUCGCAAGGCCGAGCAGGAGGCCAAGAUGCGGGAGCUCAUCCGCCAGAAUGCAGACGCUGUUCGGCAGAUGGCUAUGCUGGAGGAGAGCCUUCGGCAGAUGACCCUGCGGGCGGAGGCCGCAGAUCGGGGUAGGGCAGAAGCCGAGAGGUCCGCAGCUGAGGCUUUGGAGAGAGCUGUCAAGGAAGCCGAGGCCGCAAAGGUGGAAGCCGUCGAGAGAGCCCGAGGGGACGCAAUCUCGGGGUUCUUGGCAGGGGGGUGGCGGUCCGAGGAGCACAAGCAAUGGCUGUCCUCGGUCGUCGAGUCCUCGGUCGACGAGUGGUGUGAUGGGCCUGGCGUGGAGUUGGUUUCCCGAAAGGGUAAACAAUACUAUGAUGGGGGCGAGUUUUUCACUCAAGCCCUCAUCUACCGGAGGAUGGCUCGCCACUUGAAGAUCGAGCCAAAGGACUUUGACCCGGCAGCAUACGGGCUCCCCCCUGCAGCCAGACAUCCGCG